AUGAAAAUACGGUGGAGGUGCAUCGGGACGACCGGGCUCUCAACCGUUGACUAUUACCGACCCACCAUCGACAUGUCUUUCUACCAAUCCGAUGCUCCCAAUGAGUGGUCCCCACAGGCCUUCGACUAUAACACUCCCUACUCCACCGCUUCUUGGGACACGGACUUCUCUUCUUCUACCGCCAUCUCUCCAGCCUGUACGUGCUGCGUUUGU